AUGGGGUAUGGGAGAAGGGUGAAGGGGGGGGUCGGGAGGGGGAGAGGGGGAGGAGCAGGAGGAGGAGGAGGAGGAGGAGGAGGAGGAGGAGGAGGAGGAGGAGGAGGAGGAGGAGGAGGAGGAGGAGGAAGAGCAGCAGCAGGAGGAGGAACAGGAGGAGGAGCAGGAGGUGGGGGACGAGUGACAACUUAUCAGCUCGAAAGUCACACAUAUAUGACGACAACACAAUAG